CUGGUCAACUAAAACGGCAUCGAAAACGCAUGAAAACGACGCACGAAAACACGCUGUGAAUUCCCUUAUUGUGAACACGUGCACGAUUUCAAGGUCCCUGUCUGAAUCGUGUCCAUGCGUCCUCUGUCGACGUCUGUGUUGAACUCCUGUGCGCUGACCCUACAACAACCCACAAUCGCAGAUACAUAUGCUGCCAAAGAGCUUCCAAUCGCGCAGGCUGGGUUACUUGCUAACAUUGGUCCAGAUGGGGCGAAAUCGUCAGGUGCAUAUCCUGGGGUUGUCAUCGCUAGCCCCAGCACUUCUAACCCAGACUAUCUCUACACUUGGACGCGCGACUCUUCUCUUGUGUUUAAGGCACUUGUUGAUCAACUUAUUGCCGGUGGCGGUCCUGCCGGGUCUAUGUCGAGCCUCAUUGACAUGUUCGUGACCGCCGAGGCGAGCAUCCAGCAAGUUCCUAACCCAAGUGGGAACAUCACUACAGGUGGACUUGGCGAACCCAAAUUUAUGAUUAACAAGACCGCAUUCACAGCUGCAUGGGGCCGUCCUCAGCGAGACGGACCGGCAUUGCGUGUGACAACUCUUCUAACUUAUGCAAAGUGGCUUCUUCAGCAAAACAAUACCUCGUACGUGACAAGCACGCUUUGGCCCAUCAUUCAACUCGAUCUGGAUUACGUCGCUAGUGGCUGGAACUUGUCCACGUAUGAUUUAUGGGAAGAGGUUUAUGCCCUUUCUUUCUUUACCUCAGCAGUGCAGCACCGUGCCCUUCGCGAGGGUUCGAUAUUGGCUAUGACUCCCGGGCAUUCCGACCUUUCGAACAGCUACUCUUUGCAAGCCGAUCGUUUGCUGUGUUUCUUGCAGGUGAGGGGCAAUGUUGCCCAUUUAUCGGAUUCUCACGUACGGCAGUCGUUUUGGAACUCCACAUCAGGGUACAUCGUUGCCAAUCCUGGAGUGCAGCGCUCUGGCAUCGAUGCUAAUACUAUCCUCGCUUCUAUCCAUACCUUCGAUGUCGAUGCUAGUUGUGAUGCUACGACGUAUCAGCCAUGCUCUGACAAGGCACUGGCGAACCUGAAAGUAUAUGUGGACUCCUUCCGGAGCAUGUACACUAUCAACUCUGGAAUUCUGGAAAACGGGGCCGUUGCGACCGGCCGGUACCCCGAGGAUGUGUAUCAGGGCGGUAACCCUUGGUAUCUUACCACAUUUGCAGUCGCGGAGCAGUUAUAUGAUGCACUUGUCGUUUGGGACAAGCAAGGGUAUUUGAGUGUGACAGAUAUAUCUCUGGACUUUUUCCGCAUGUUUGAUAUGUCGAUAUCAACUGGCACAUACACCACUUCGAGUUCGGUUUACGGGACGCUGAUGUGUGCCAUACGAUCCUUCGCAGACGAGUUCGUGGCUAUCAAUGCCAAUUACACGCCUUCCGAUGGGAGCCUUGCGGAACAGUACAGCCGAACCAAUGGAACUCCUGUUAGUGCGGUAGAUCUUACAUGGAGCUACGCGUCCGCGUUGACUGCAUUCGCGGCACUUGAAGGACAAACACCGGUGACUUGGGGAGCCCAGGGGUUGUCGGUCCCCUCUAUGUGUUACAUUCCCGUUUCAGUCACGUUCAAUGUUGAUGCAAUGACCGUGUUCGGGGAGAAUAUAUACCUUACUGGUUCAGUUCCGGCUCUCAGCAACUGGGACCCAUCCACUGCAAUCCCGAUGUCUUCUGUUAACUAUCCAAUCUGGAGCACAACGGUUUCACUCCCGGCAGAUACACCCAUCCUGUACAAGUAUAUUCGUAAAGACGCAAAUUCCGUGAUGUGGGAGUCGGACCCGAACAACGCGUUUACGACGGUUGAGUCUGGUUCUCAGACUCUGGAUGAUGUGUGGCGAUGAAGAAGUUGAAGAACAGCGACCUUCAACUUGCAAUAUCCCAAGUCAGGCCAGUCAUUUAUUAUGUCUGGAUAGAAUCCAUCGUGGGCUGGGCUCGGUAAUAUAUGUCCAUGGUAAGCUUUUCAGUGACUGGAAGUGCCUCGCGGCACUCGGUGGAAGGUAUAUUUCAAUGAGUACAU